AUACAUUCGGGAUGGUCAACAAGCCAAUGGGAAGGACCCAGGACCAACUUCCUCAUCAUCAUCAUCAGGAGGGAGAAGAUGCCAACAAGAACCGGCGGAAAUCCCAGUGGAAGCAGACCAUUAUCAUCAUCAUCAAGACUAGAAAACUUUCCAAAGAACGGCUUGGGCCAACCUUAUACGCACAAGCAGCAACACUCUUCCUCCAUCGGAUCCUCAUCCACGUCGUUAUUGGCAAAAUCUAGCGUAUUACCACCAUCUAAUCCGGAAACUUCUAACGAGUCUCCUCCUUCUAAUCACAGUCAUGAUAACUCUCAAAGUGAUCACGAGGAAGCGUUUAUCGAACCAUUAUUUCAAACUGCUUUACACAUAGUUCAAUCCUCCUUACCAAGAUCUGGCCAGAUCCAACCCACCUACAAUGACAAAUUAUUACUCUACUCGUUAUUCAAACAAGCCGUCCACGGUGAUGUGAAAUCGACGAUCUCUAAAAGGCCGGGGGUUUUUGACAUGCUGGGUAGAGCAAAAUGGGACGCUUGGAAGGCUAGAGAAGGCUUGUCUUGUUCAGAAGCUAAACGGUUAUACGUCGAAUCAGUAUUGAAGAUCUUACGCUCUCAUCGAGAUAGGCCUGAGGCCAGACUGCUAAUCGAAUCCCUUUCGGGAUACGAGGCUUACUUGGCCACAGUGGAUCAUAUGAGUGACUCGGAUGAAGACUUAUAUUCGGAGCGGAAGAUCGAAAUCCCGGCGUCAAUGCGAGGCAGUAUCCACACCCUGAGCGGCCAAGAACAAGCACAAGAAGGAGCGGAGGAAGAAGAAAGAUCAGAAGAGAAUGAAUCUGCAGGAUCUAAAUCAGAUGAGAAAUCAGCAGAUCAACUAGAAGAGGAGGAGGAGGAUAUCCAGACCUCAGGAUUGGGCCCCUAUAAGAGCUCUUCCCAACUCCCGGAUCCCAUCAACUCUUCAACAGAAACUCACAUCCUGCCGCCACACUCACCAAGAGCUAUCGAGCCUUCAUCGGCAGCCUCCUCAGAAUCGCUCAGCCAGUCACCCUCGCCCAAGGAUGACUCGAGCCCAGCUCAAGCAAGUCAAGAGUCCAUACAAAGCACUCACAUCGAGCCUUCAGAACCGCGCUUUACAUAUGCUCAGGUCCAAAGACUCGUCGACCAAACCCCCCAAACCCUCCCAUUCCACUCUCUCCGCUCUCCUCUCAACCAUCCCACCCAUUCACACCCAGAUUUGUCCCGCCUCACGCUCCCCCAGUCCUCUCACGAUCCAUAUUCUUCUUCCCUUGCCCUCUUACAAUCUAACCUCGAAAAACUUAACCAAACCAUCGAUUUGCUGCACACUCUGAUCUCCAAAAUCCACCCUCCUCAACACCACUCCUCCACUUCCUCACCACCCCCACCACCAUCAGCACUCAACAAAAAUAUUCUUGUGGCAACCCCUUCCUCUAGUCCUUCUUCAAAUCCUCAUCACAAAUCGUAUUCUUUACUCUCCCUUUCUCGGUUGCGCACUGUGCUCAAUCAUCCUUGGGUUAAACGUCUCUUCCUCGAUCUUUCUCUCUUCUUCCUCCUCCUCAAAGCUCGCAAAUUCUUCAACAAACGUCCUGUAUAG